AUGAAUUGGACAAAAAUCUUUAGAUUAUCGGACGACCGACGUUUUGCCCUCACUAUUGUCGCCCUCUCGACAAUUUCCCUCACUGUAUCGCUCAGCUCUACAUCUUUGAGUAAUGCCAUCCCCAUUAUUACCAGCCAGUUUCAUGGCACAGAUACCCAAGCCUUUUGGUCUGGCACCGCUUAUCUUCUCUGCUCAGCUGUCUUUCAGCCUUCAUUUGCCAUAUCAUCCCAUCAUUUUGGGCGCAAACCACUCUUUAUCGUUGCAAUUAUCUUCUUUGUGAUGGGCUCCGCUCUUGCUACAGGCUCUCAAGGCUUCAAUGUCCUUCUUGCUGCUCGCUCAAUCCAGGGCUUUGGUGGAGGGGGACUACUUACACUAUCAGAGAUUCUGAUUGCAGAUUUGACGCCGCUGAGAGAGCGCGGUAAAUUCAUUGGUCUUUUGAGUAUGAUGUGGGCAGUAGGGUGUGUUUGUGGGCCCAUUGUAGGCGGUGCCCUAGCCCAUGAAGAUACUUGGAGGUGGAUAUUUGCGAUAAACCUACCUCUUUCUCUUGUCUCAUUGACGCUUAUCUGUAUCUCUUUGAAUUGGGAUCGGACUAUGCAGAGUGAAAAGGGACAUAUAGACUGGGUUGGGUUUGGCCUUUUUAUUCCAUCAAUGGCUACCUUCUUGAUACCGGUCACCUGGGGCGGAGAAAUGUUUCCUUGGGCGAGCUGGCACACUUUGGUACCCCUAUUGGUCGGAUCAGCGGGAUUGAUAUUUUUUGUGGUUUAUGAAGCAUUGAUUGCAAGGAAUCCUUUUCUGCUAGGAAGCAUCUUUCAAGAUUCUCAUUCCCGACUAAUUUACUUACAGGCGUUCAUGCAUGGAUUAGUGGUCUGGUGUAUCUUAUACUAUCUGCCCCUAUACUACCAAGCAGUACAGUCAUAUACGCCCCUCAUGUCUGGUGUCGCCCUUCUUCCUGAAACAUUCACGAUCAGUAUCUCUGCCGGUCUUGUCGGAAUACUCAUCACUACUACUGGGUAUUACUAUAGCGCUCUCUGGGUUGGCUGGAUACUUACUAUGACUGGUGUCGGGUUAUUGUACCUACUUAACACCAAAACAGCUGUUUAUGAGUGGGUACUCAUUAAUCUUGUUGUGGGUUUAGGGACAGGAUCGCUUUUCACGAGCACAAAUUUGGCUAUACAAGCAAACAGAUCUUCCGACGAGAUAUCGCAUGCCCUUGGAUUCUUCGCAUUUUUUCGGACAUUGGGCCAAUCCAUUGGUGUCGCCGUCGGAGGAACAACCUUUGAUAAUAUCUUCAAAAGAAAAAUGAAAGACAAGCCCGAUCUGGCCGCGCUGACAAAAAAACUUGGAACUGGUGCAGCAGCUUUGGUUCAGUCUAUGAAAGCGAUCCCAAGAGGUGACUCUCGAAAGCCGGAGCUUGUGCAGUUGUAUGCAAAUUCGUUGAGAAUGGUGUGGCCAGUACUGUGUGCCUGCUCUGGAGUUGCCCUGCUAGCGACCUUUUUCGUGAAGAGAUAUAACUUAGGGCCAAGUAAGUUGAAAGUAAUGUUACCCCAGACUCAACCAUUAUGCUAA